UUUUUAUACUUCACAAGAUGCUUGGCAAGCGCGGCUUUAAACCAGCUCGUGGUGGCGGCGGAGGCGGUCGUGGAUCUCAGAGGCCUCAGCGUGGCCGUGGAUUCAAGGGUGGUAGAGGCGGUGCUGGAGCUGGUAGACGCGGAGUGGGCGGCGCUUCUGCCAACAAGGUUAUGAUAGUGCCUCAUCGUUUUUCCGGUGUAUACAUUGCAAAGGGCAAAUCAGAUGCUUUGGUUACGCGUAACAUGGUUCCUGGGGAGUCCAUAUACGGUGAGAAGCGCAUUCAGAUAACGAACGAGGAUUCCGAGUCUAUUGAGUAUCGUGUAUGGAACCCUUUUAGAUCUAAAUUGGGCGCUACUAUUAUUGGUGGUGUGGCUAACAUGCCAAUUGGCAUAGGCACUAAGGUUCUCUAUUUGGGAGCUGCCAAUGGUACCACCGUCUCCCAUGUAUCUGACAUGGUUGGUCCCACUGGUAUGGUAUAUGCGGUGGAGUUUUCUCACAGAUCAGCUCGUGAUUUGACAAACAUGGCUAAGCGUCGUCCUAACAUUGUACCGAUUGUAGAGGACGCUCGUCAGCCAUUGCGUUACCGUAUGUUGGUUGGUAUGGUUGAUGUAGUUUUUGCUGACGUUGCGCAACCUGAUCAGGCUCGUAUUGUUGCUAUAAAUGCUUAUCAUUUUUUGAAGCCUGGCGGAUGGUUCAUCAUUGCUAUUAAGGCCAACUGUGUGGACUCCACUGCCAAGCCUGAGGCUGUUUUCGCUGCUGAGGUAGAUAAGCUUCGAAAGGAGAGUUGCAAGCCUCGUGAGCAGUUGACAUUGGAGCCUUACCAUCGUGACCACGCUGUUGUAAUCGGUCAGUAUCGCGUUAAGAAGAAGAAGGCGACAUGAAUCAUUGUAUCGCCUGUUUUGUGAACACA